GCCCUGGUCGGGUUCUCGGAGUGUCCGAGGAUCUGGGCUGGAGCGAGGGUUCGGAGGGAGCUGCCGGGGUCUGAGGAUGGAGCUGCGCGGUGGAGCAGGUUGCCUUCAAGGCCUGUGGCCAGGCCACAGUCCCUCCAGCCAUGGCAAUCGUCCAGACUCUGCCUGUGCCCCUGGAAGCCACCCCUGAGAGCACGGUCUCACACCCACCCCACCUGCCCACCAUGGGCAGUGUGAGUAGCCUUAUUUCAGGCCGACCCUGCCCUGGAGGAGGGCCUGCACCCUGCCACCAUGCCCCCUCGGGACCUCCCUUCUUCCGGCAGCAGGAUGGGCUGCUACUUCAAGGGGGUGGUUGUAGGGCCCAAGAGCCACUGUGCCCCCCAGUGCCCACCAGAAAGCCUGUGGGAAAUGCUGGCUUUGCAUAUAUCAAUGAGGACUUCCGGGGAGAUUCACCCGCCAGCCCCUGUAGUGACACUGAGGAUGCCCGAGAGCAGCAAGCCCGAAGUGCCCAUCUCAGGGGUCCACCUCCAAAGCUCAUCCCUGUGUCUGGAAAGUUGGAGAAGAACAUGGAGAAGAGUCUGAUCCGGCCCACAGCCUUCAAACCUGUGCUGCCCAAGCCUCGGGGGCCACCAUCCUUGCCAGCAUUCCUGGGGCCACGGGCUGGUGUUGGGGGGAUGUCAGGGAGCCAGGGUAGUCUGACCCAGCUGUUUGGGGGCCCUGCUUCCUCAUCUUCCUCCUCUUCCUCGUCCUCUGCUGACAAGCCUCUGACCCUAAGCAGCUGGGCCAAUGGUUGCCCCUCAGGGACGCUGUCUGACUCUGGCCGAAAUUCAUUGUCUAGCUUGCCCACUUAUAGCACAGGUGGAGCUGAACCUGUUGGAGGCUCUCCAGUUGGGCAUCUCCCUACUGAUGGCCCUGGGAGAGGGGUGCUGCCUGGCACUGGGGGCAGCCACCGUGGGGUCUCCAUGGGUCCCUCGCACUCAGAUAGUGGGCGUUCAUCAUCCAGCAAGAGCACAGGGUCCCGGGGAGGCCUCCUCAGUGGUGGGGGCACGCGGGUAUCUCCAGACAGUGGUUCUUGUGGGGAUCGAUCACCUCUACCUGGCCCACCCCCACCUCCCCCCCCACCCCUGCCAGAUGAGUCUCUGCUGCGAUGUGCUCUGCAGGAGAAGCUUCGGGAGCGGGAGGCAGAACUGCAGCAACUUCGGGACAGCCUGGAUGAAAAUGAGGCUGCCAUCUGCCAGGUCUAUGAAGAAAAGCAGAGGCGCUGGCAGCGAGAACGGGAGGAGCUCCAGGAGGGCUGUGUAGCCCAGGUGAUGCAGGCAACCCAGAGAGCUCAGCGGGCGCAACAGCUGCUGCAGCUGCAGGUGUUCCAGCUGCAGCAGGAAAAACGCCAGCUGCAGGAUGACUUUGCACAGCUGCUGCAGGAGCGAGAACAGCUGGAACGGCGAUGUGCAGCCUUUGAGCGGGAGCAGAGAGAGCUCGGUCCUCGACUCGAGGAGACCAAGUGGGAGGUCUGCCAGAAAUCAGGGGAGAUCUCCCUGUUGAAGCAGCAGCUAAAGGAGUCCCAGGCGGAGCUGGUUCAGAAGGGCAGUGAGCUGGCAGCGCUUCGGGUGGCACUUCGGGAGGCCCGGGCCUCUCUAAGGGCCAGCGAGGGGCGGGCUCGAGGGCUGCAAGAGGCAGCCCGGGCACGGGAGCUAGAGCUUGAGGUCUGCACUCAUGAGUUACAGCGCAGAAAGAAUGAGGCUGAAUGGCUUCGGGAGAAGGCCGGACAGCUGGACAUGGCUGUGGCAGGACUUCGGGGGGCUCCAGAGCCCAUCUCUAUGCCCACCCCUGACCCCUUCCUGCUGUCAGAGAGUGAUGAGGCCAAAGCUCAGAGGGCAGCAGCAGCUGGGGCUGGGGGGAGCCUUCGGGCCCAGGUAGAGCGGCUGAGGGCUGAGCUGCAGCAGGAGCGGCGUCGAGCUGAGGAGCAGCAGGGAAGCUUUGAGAAUGAGCGCCUGGCCUGGCAGGCAGAGAAGGAGCAAGUCAUUCGUUACCAGAAGCAGCUGCAGCACAGCUACAUCCAAAUGUACCGGCGCAAUCGGCAGCUGGAGCAGGAGCUGAGGCAGCUGAGCCUGGAGCUGGAGGCCCGAGAACUGGCAGACUACAGCUUGCCUGAAACCCCACCCUGUGUCCACCUGGAGGAGAUCACAGCCACAGAGAUCUGAAGACUCAUAGGUUAGAGGAGCCACAAGGAACCAGCUUAGAGGCCUCUGAGUUGAGGGACUCUCACCUCUCCACCUUUCUUUGUCAUGGUCUGGCCUCUAGGAUGAGUGCAGGGAUAAGUUUUCGGGCCAGUUCUGUACCCAAAGGGAAGCAUUUCAGUAGAGCUAAUGGCCCCAUGUCAUUUUUGGUAGGGUGAUAUCAGGCAUGCUCAUGCCCUGUCUGGGGGGAGAUGUGAAGACCACUCCCCCACUCACCUUGUUACCACCACUCCAAAUCUGCCUCCAUAACACUUACCAAAUCUAACCCUAGCAUUGAGAGCCUAAGGAUUCCACACCAGAGAGAAAGCUCCCUCUUUCCCCUCUCCCCUCAAUAUGUGCCUCCCUUCCGUGUCAUAGGCUAACGGGGUGAGGGACCUGGGAUGAAGAUGCCUUGGUUCUCCAUCAGGUUCCUCUCUCUAGAGCCCCAUUUCAGAGCCCUCUGUGUGACCAGGAGCUGCCUUCAGACCAAAGGAAGAACUCAAAGACUUCUCAUUUAUUUGUGUUUGUUACUAUUCCAGUCUCUAACAUCACCCCACCUCCUUCCUGAGUUUAUGGCAUCUUUUAAAUUGUAUAUUUUUCACACGUGUAAAUUUCUUGUACAAACCCAAAGAAAAAAUUAAAAAAAAAUUGUUUCUAAGAAAA